AUGGGUACGCGGGAACGACUUGGUGCUGCGUGGUCGACUAAGACUCAUUCGAACUCGGGAAAUGCACGCUCCGUCGACUCAUCCAUUGACUCGACAUCUAGCUCUAGACGAGUGCGCGUCACCCGCUGGCAAAGUCUCAAUGUACCGCAAUAUCCCGAAACCAUUUACAAUACUCUGUUAAACUAUGCACCGGCCAACGUCGUCGUGUUUGGUGGAUUGACGCUCCUCAUUGGCGUGUUUGUAUUGAUCCACACACAGCAUCUCAUGGCGACAGUCGACCUCCCACACAGUUCUUUGGGUACACUACGUCCUGUUGUGCAACCCAUUCAGUCGAGGAUUCAAGCCGAUGCUAGCAACUGCUCCGAGCUGUGGAUCGAACAACGCAUUGACCAUUUUUCUGACCUCCCUGCCACUUAUAAACAGAGAUACUUGCUCAAUACGCAGUUCUGGGAUCCAAAGGAUGUAAAAGCACCUGUUUUCUUUUACACAGGCAAUGAAGGAGACGUGACACUUUACGCGAACCACACGGGACUUAUAUGGGAACACGCCCUGGCAUUCAAGGCACUUGUCGUGUUUGCCGAGCACCGCUACUACGGCAAGAGCUUUCCGUUCGGCGACAAGUACAUGGACCACUUGGCUUACCUCUCACACGACCAGGCACUUGCUGACUAUGCAGAACUUAUCUAUCAUCUGCAGAAGAAAUACGACGCUUUCAACCACCCCGUCAUUGCCUUUGGAGGUAGCUAUGGAGGCAUGCUGUCAGCGUGGUUCCGUAUGAAGUAUCCAGCCAUUAUUGCAGGUGCUAUUGCGGCAUCAGCUCCUAUUUAUGGCUUCGGUGGCUUCCCCGAUUUCGACGGCCAGAAGUAUUGGCAAGUUGUGACACAUGACGCAUCUCCUGAUGCAGGAUCAGCGAAAAACUGCGAGGUGAACGCAAAAAAAUCAUGGCCGCAACUUUUUGAGCUAGCUAAGACAGAAAGUGGGCGCGCGACGCUGUCUUCAUUGUUCAGGUUAUGUAAGCCGCUAAUACGCGAGGAGGAGGGCAAAGAUCUGGCGAUGUCGGUGUUGUUUGCCUUUGACACCCUGGCUAUGGGGAAUUAUCCGUACUCGUUCAGCUACCUCACGGGAGGAGCAGUUGAGCUUCCGGCAUGGCCCGUUCGUGAAGCGUGCUCACAUCUAGCGGGAGAAUUCCCCACAACAUCGUUCAGGCAGGAAAGUGUGAACACGUCGCUAUUGGAGGCGCUUCGCGACGCUGCCUUUGUGUUCCAUAAUGCGACCAAAGACCUGCCUUGUUUCAAAAUCCCGACUUUAUGGGACUACGAUGGUAUCUGGGACUAUCAAUACUGUACGGAGAUGCUGCCGCAGGAGACAUACUUCAGCACAAACGGUAAAACGGACAUGUUCUGGGUGCGCAAUACUACGUUCGAGGAAAUCCGUAAGCACUGUCAGCGCAGCUGGCACACAACGCCCGAUCCAGACGGCAUUCGUGUAAGUUACGGCGACGAAAUGCUGCGGUCAGCUUCCAACAUUGUUUUUAGCAACGGCCUGCUGGACCCGUGGAGUAGCGCCGGCGUGUUGCAUACGCCCAAGGACGCGAAGGUGACGAUCGUGACGAUUGCUGAGGGUGCUCACCACCUGGACCUGUUCUUCAGUCAUCCAAAGGAUCCCCCAUCUGUCAUUUCUGCGCGUAAGAUUGAGAUUAAGAUGAUUCAUGACUGGAUCGACGAGUUUGUAGCGUUCAAGUAA